GCAACUGCAACAUCAGAGUGAGCAUAUGAUUAUGAACACAGUAUCACAUAGCCCUAGCCCUAGCCCAGGCCCAGGCCCAGGCCCAGCACCUUCUCCUUCCCCUCUUCAAUCAUCACUGUCACUCCCUAUCCCCAUCCCGCCAAAGUUCCCUUUCCCUUUAAUCCCUAUCCGUGAUGAAGGGUUUCACGUGCAUCUUCUUCAACUUGGCAUGAUUAUCAUGGCCGGCACCGUUGGAAUCGCGAUGCUUCUAUGUGCCGUCUCCUUGAUCCGAAGGAUCUGUUGUUCCUGGAGGCAUAACCGCACGGGAGGAAACACGCCCAUACUGUUCCAUGUUAAUGGAGAUUCUGCUGUUUCAGGUUCGGAUUUCGAUGAUGAUGAGGGAGCCUUGGUUGAUCACCCUAUAUGGUUCAUCCGCACGGUGGGGCUGCAGCAAUCGGUUAUAGAUUCCAUCACAGUGUUUGUUUACAGAAAAGGCGAGAGGCUAAUUGAUGGUUCAGAUUGCUCUGUUUGCCUCGCUGAGUUCCAAGAAAACGACUCUCUCAGGCUGUUACCAAAGUGCAGUCACGCCUUUCACAUCCCUUGCAUUGACACGUGGCUUAGAUCGCACAAGAAUUGCCCUCUCUGCCGCGCACCCGUUCUUCAUGAUUCCGGUGCCGCAACUGCUAUUAGUACGGAUGUGAUAGUUCCCGAGGCUGAUUCAAAUGGUUCUGGUGAGAAUCAAGAAAAUGGUGAGAGUAGUUCAGUGAGGAAUAUUGGAGAUGAGGAUGAUGGGGGUGAAGAUGGAGAAACCCUAGAAAAGAUGAAUAGGCACAGAGAUGCUUCGAUUACACAACCAAUGAGGAGGUCGGUUUCCAUGGAUUCAUCAUCCAUGUUUCGUGAUUUGAAUUCUGAUGAUCAAGAUGACAAAAUCACCAAUCCAAGUUCAAGAAUAUACAAACUGGCUUCAAUAGCAUUUCAGAAGAGGCCUAGAAGCCCUUUUUCACAUAACAGGAAAUGCUCCACUUCUACACACUCUAGGAGCCACAGUUCAACUCUCCCUUUGUAGAAUCUCCUCAGCAAUAGUUAGAAUUAGGGUAUCAGAGUUCAUCCAAACCACUUAUGUUCUCUCUACAUAUAUAUGUGUCUAUGUUUCAAUACAAUUAUACACACAAAUUUUAGUGUUUGUGCCCAGAUCCUUCUUU